GUCGAGUGUACGCAAAAAAUCAAUACACUGAAACACUGAUGUUUCCAUUCGUCUUUUUAAAAUGAGAACGUGACAAAACAUUUCGUUUAAUUCAUCGAAGAAACCAUUUUAUUUAAAAAUAAUUUGAAGCUUGAUGCUCUUUUUUUAUUUAUUUACAUAGUGAUGCAAAUUUUCAUAGUUACGGCGUGGUAGAAUAUUCUGCGUUUGAUUGAACAUCUUAGCUGAAAAUUAUACAAAAGAUAUUCUAUAGGAGUUUAAAAAGUACGAAUAUAUUGCUGUAAUUGUAAGGUAAAAUGGAAGAUUUAAAUGGGGAACUUUAUGGUGAUGGCCUUCUCACUUUGGGAGAUGAAGGUUCUUUAGAGUCUUCUGAAAAUGGAAAUCAGGAUCAGAAUUGUAAAAUUUGCGACAAUAAAUUAUGCAGUCCUCGAGUAUUGUCAUGCCUUCAUGUUUUCUGUGAAGCGUGCAUCGACAAAUUAAUGGUUAAUGAGGCUGGUGAUUCUCUUAAAUAUGAUUUGGCUGUGGAAUGUCCAUUGUGCAAACAAGAAACUAAGAUACCUAAUGGUGGAGCCUCUUCUCUGCCAUCCGAUUACGUCGUCACCAACAUCUUGGACGUCUCAUCUAUGGAUCAGUCUGUUGUUUGCACCUGCUGCAAAAGCAAGGAACCUGCCGUUGCUAGAUGCACUGAUUGUUCUCAUUUCCUUUGCGCCAAUUGUAACUCAGCCCAUGAGUUCAUGCGCUGCUUCGAAAACCAUCGCGUUGUCCCUUUCGACGCUUUGAGGUCCUCUAAGGAUAAGGCCGCCGUGCAUAAACCGAUAUUUUGCGCUCGCCACGUGGGCGAAAGCCUCAAGUUUUAUUGCUGCGAGUGCGAGGUUGGCGCGUGCACGGAAUGUCUGACGGUCGACCACAAAGUCGGCGAACAUCGCUGCGAGCGUAUCGUGGACGCCGAACCGAAUCUGCGAGCCGAGCUUCGUAAUUUUAUCAAGGAAGCAAACGCGAGGGCGGUCGCGGCCGGGAGCGCAUCGGCCAAGCUCGACGAUGCCCUCGGAGAGCUUCAGCGUCAACGCGACGACGCCGAAAACCUAAUCAAUGAAGCUUACCAUUCUUACGUGGCCGCUCUCGGCCGACGCCGCGAUAAGGCGCUCGAGGAGCUCGAACGUCUGCAUAAAGAGAGGGAGCUCAAAGUGAUGGACCUAUUCGAUCGCGUCGACAAAACUGUUCAGCGUAUAGAUUGCGCCUGUAAUUUUGCUGCGAGACUUCUGCGCCGCGGCGACGGAACCGAGAUCGUUAUGCUGAAGAAAACGGUCGCAUCCCAGUUCGCUCGAGUCAUGGAGGGUGCACCCGAAUUCGACGUAGACUACUCGGUGGAGUUCGUCACGAACGUGGACAAAUUCGACGCCAUCACCGAGGAGACGUUCGGAACGUUUCGCACCGAAACGACAAAAGCGGAGGAAAGAAAACGCGCAAGUGAAGCGUCUGCUAUCGUAUCUUUGGCUUCCAACUGUCAUUCGCCGGCCGUAUCCGUCACCAAUGCUCCGGUUUUCGACGAUUUUCCUCUAGGGAUGAGGCGGGUGACCGGGGGAGUGGGAAACUUGGUCGGUGUUCCGAAUGUCGGUAGUGUGCCACCGAUGGGAGUGGGUAGCGUACCCGGAGUGGCCACCAACAACAGCGUUAUAUCGGGAGUCGUAAACAACGUCUCCGGAGUGGGCGCGGGGGUCGGUGGCGUGCCGGCUUUGCCGUCGAUGGUCGAGUACAAUCUACAACAGCUGGCCAGUAUUGCCGAGAAGGAGGUGCCGCCUCCGCCCCACGCGUCCCCCGCUCCUACGUUCACCCUCGCCGAACUGCUCGCGGGAGACCUGAACUCACCACAAGCGUACAAUAAUUUGCAGGCCUUGGCCAAAUUGGGAUUGAACGCGGAUGUGAAUGGAUUCGGUAGUGUUGGUAGUGUAGGCGGUAUGGGGGGAGUGGGGCCUCGAGGGGUUUCCCCCGGGAGACCUCUGCUGACGGCUGUAGAGGAGGCAGCCCUGGUAGCCCCUCCGGCGCCGCUGGUUCGAGCGACGAAGGCCACGCCGAUGCACAUUAGAUUCAAGUUCGGGCAACUUGGUGGUGGCAAGGGGCAAUUCAACUCCCCCCAUGGAUUCUGUCUUGGCAACGAUGAGGACAUCAUCGUAGCUGAUACCAACAACCAUCGUAUUACGGUAUUCGAUAAGUCUGGAAACCAUAAGUUUAACUUUGGUGUCGCGGGAAAGGAGGAGGGUCAGCUGUGGUAUCCACGCAAGGUGGCGGUGGUGCGCGCCACGGGCAAGUUCGUGGUUUGCGACAGGGGCAACGAGAGGUCCCGCAUGCAAAUAUUCACCAAAAAUGGACACUUCCUGAAGAAAAUUGCUGUGCGCUUCAUAGACAUCGUAGCUGGCCUCGCUGUAACGGCGGAGGGGUUAAUCGUCGCCGUGGACAGCGUGACUCCGACCGUGUUCAUCCUGUCCGAAGACGGCGACCUGCUGAGCUGGUUCGACUGCAGCGAGUGCAUGCGGGAACCCUCCGACAUUGCUAUCAGCGGCAAGGAGUUCUACGUUUGCGACUUCAAGGGUCACUGCGUCGUUGUUUUCGACGAGGAGGGGCAUUUCCUGCGGCGCAUCGGAUGCGAGAACGUCACGAACUUCCCCAACGGCAUCGACGUGUCGGACGCCGGCGACGUGCUGAUCGGCGACUCGCACGGCAACAAGUUCCACGUCGCCGUCUUUUCGCGAGACGGCGUGCUCGUCACUGAAUUCGAAUGCCCCUACGUGAAGGUGUCUCGCUGCUGCGGCUUGAAGAUCACCUCCGAGGGCUACAUCGUCACUCUGGCUAAGAAUAACCACCACGUUCUAGUCCUCAACACCCUGUAUAUCGUCUGAGGAAUGACUCGAUGGCUGUAAGUCUGCAUACUACAAGAUCUCACAUUUAUUCCCUAUAUAUUAUAUUUAAUUGCUGUUUUUACAAAGCUAACCUUUUUUGCUAAACCAGUAUUUGACUACUUAUUGUUGUUUCGUGUUUAAUUUCAUGUAAGUCAUUAUAUCCAAUAGCAGUGGCUUCCAUCCUAAUUCGCUUGCUACUCUCUAUCCUAGUUGAAAUUUGGAAUUUAUCAAAUUUAUAUGUAACAUUUACUACUAUACUGAUUUCACUGCUUUUGGAUAUGAAUAUAUUUUUCCCAAAGUACUAAAAACUUGCGUUUUUGGUUUGUUUCGUUUCUCAUUUUUGUGGUUGCAUUUAGUUGUAAACAGAAAAUCCAAAGUUUAGGCUAUAAAUAUACAAUAUUUUGUUUAAUUAAGUUUAAAAUCCAGUCGUUGAAGUGGUAUAUUAUAAGACUCCUAUAGAUAUUUCAAACUCUCACAGAACUUAUCAAAAAUGUUGUGUCCACCAAACUUUUUUGUCAAGUAUUAUUUAUUUCGGCUAACGCGGUCUCAGUCGCUUAAGAGUGAAUCAGUGGUAUUGAAACAUCGGUUUUGUGACGAUUUACCGCGACCAGUGUGAAGUAAACUAUAUUGCGGAGUGGAGCACAGUUCUCUGCGACAUAACACGGUCAGCGUCAAUCGGCACACGGCCGCUGCUCCAACGACUGGGGUUAUCGUUCAUUUUCUAAAUUGAGCAGCUGGUAUGGUUCCUAGUUCGAGUGAAGUUAAUAAUACAUGUCAAUUAGGGGUUUGCGUGGAAGUGUCGCCUCAGUAGACGAUGUUCGUUGCUCGACAAUAUAACUAUCUUCUAGGGAUGUGCUCGAGUCGAGUCGAAUUCAUAUUUUAUAAGUUUUUUAGCAUUUUGAGUAGACGCGGUUUUGCGUUUGCGGCUUUUUAUCGUAACCCAUAGGUUCGCUUGUAACGAAUUUGGCAGACGGAUUCCUAGAGCUGAGAACGUAGUGUAUGAACGCACAAUUCUGUUAUAUGAUACUUACCCAGUUUCCUAUUGACCAAAGGGGCGACACUAAAUUACGUGCCAUCUAGUUUAGGUUAAUCGCGUAUACAAUAUUAUAUAUUGUCCGUUGAAUAUAUUUACCAUUUACAGAAUUCUUGUGUCUAUACAAAAUGUUUUUUCCAUGUACUCUUGUUUUGAGAGCCUAUUUAAAGUUUUUUCAUGAGUAGGCUACUAUGAUAAUGAUAUAAUAUUAUAGUACGGUUUGGUUAAUUUUAGAAAAUUCUGAUACAGAAUUAUAUUGGGAUGCCAUUGUUAUUUAACUAAAAGUAAUGUUUACUCGUAAUUAGAAGGGGUGGAAAAUGUAACUGUUUCAAAUGGCACCUUUAUGUGGGAAAAAUAUUAAACGUUAGUUAUUGUAUAGAUUGACAAAAUUAAUAAUUACCCGAUUUAUAUAUUAUAUUAUUAUACUCUCAUUCGAUGUAGCGUAAAAGUGCCAUUGCAAACAUUUUAUUUCUACAAAACUAUUUGUUCGAAGUUCAUAUUAUACACAGUGCGCCAAAUUAUAUAUUUAUAUGGUUAUAUUUAUCCACACUAUUCCAAAUUGAAGUUCAUGUUAGGUAGUCGGACGUUGAAUGUUUAGAGUUUCUUAUUGAGAAUCCCUCGGCUUAAUAACGCUGGCUGUAGAGUUAUAUCGAAAUUAGCACGUGAUAAUAAUAUGGUUUAUGUUCGAGACAAUAAUAUUAUGUUCAAGAUUCUGCUUGCGUAUUAAAUUAUCAUCGACACUGUCGUCUUCCAUACCAAAAGACCCUAAUUUGCUAAAUCAAAAUUUUACUCUGUGACAGCGACUAGAUUGUAUAUUAUGACGGUAGGUGUUUUAUAUAGAAUUUUCUCGAAUUUAAUACGCAAAUAUGUACUUAACCGAACCAUCUGUCUUGUGAUAUUCAGUUCGCAACGUGAGUUUUGUCAGUGCUCUCUAGAUGUUUCAAAAGCUGAUCGCAUUCGAAAAUAUAUUGGAAUAUACCACCGCGUUCGACCGUUGGAGUUCCUUUCCUAGCUUAGAGAUAAACUAUUUUAUGAAAAUGUUUCAUCAGUCGUUGUUUACUUUCGGAGCCAUAUUAUUAUCAUCCAACGGUAAACAGUAAUGUAGGUACUCAUUAGCGAUUGUAUCUGAGGUAUGUACUUAAUUAGUAGUAUUUUAUUUGUUGUCGUCUCGGCCCGUACGGAUGUGAUACGAGCAGGAACGGAAAUUAGAAGUCUCGGAACUGAGUGCGGCACGUCGCACGUCGCAGGCGCGCGGCGCGACACAGUAGCCAGUUUGAACCAGUAAUUAGUCUUUUGACAUUUUACUUCGUGAAUCCUCUAUUUAUUAGUGAUUAAUAUUUUGGGUUGAUAUUUCUUGUUUUUAAGUUAUUUUGUUUCAGGAUUUUUGUCCCGAUAGGAUUAGGGAAUUUUAUUUUAAUUUUUUAAUUAUUAAUUAGAAUAAAUUUCGUCUACACAUUGUAGUUGUAGGUUCGAAUAAUACUCGGAUUUUUAAAUUGUUUUUUUUUUCUCUUUUGUUUUAUUAUUAUAUAUUAUGGCCUACGUCUAAAUAGUAUUUUGGCCGGCGGGGUGGGCCACUAGUGUUACGAAUUUUACUGCCAAAAUUAUUUUCUUACGAUGUUUGUGCAUGCGCAUAGUAAUUAUUAUUUCAUUGUAAUUUGUAUUAUAUUGUGUUACUAAUUGUUGUCAAUUUUAUGUUUAUUAAUAAUAUUCAGGGUUUUAUAUCAUUAACUGUUCAUUUUUUUAAUUUGUUAUCUGAUAUCCAAUUUUCGUGUGUUAGUGACGUAACGUACCGAAAUAGAAGUUAAUAUGAGCCCCAAAGGGAGCGUUUGACGCUACUAAUUAAUAUCGCUUUAGGGUUGCAUAAAAUUAUUAAAAAAGUGGUGUGAUAAGUUUUGGAUAAUUUUACAAAUUAUACUAUUUUAUGUGUGAAUUCAAUAACAAUUCGAGGUUAUUAUAAUAUAAUAUUAAUUAUUGUAAUGAUUCAAUUCGCGUCGGCUCCCUAUUCGGCCGAACGCGUAAAGUAUUAUGAUUCGUAUGUUAAUUUUAUGUUAAUUUAAAUAUUUAGUGAUUCGUGUACGAUGUUUCCUUUGCUCUUGCCAUGUAUCUAGUAGGGAAGUAGCAGUUUUGUAGGGACUAGUAUUUUUCAAUCGAUUUACAAGCGACAGUAUCAGGUUUCGCUCCGGUCACGUGGCGUCGCGGGGCGGUACGCUAGUGUGCGGGCGUCGCGACGCAGCGGUGGCGCGGGGCGGGGCUGUAGUGUGCGGGCGGCGGGUUUUCGCCGCGCCGCUCGGCUGUAUAUUCUUGCUGUAGCAAGUAAGCACUUAGUGAGGUUUUUGGCAGGUCGAAUGGUAUUUAUUGUCCAUUGACGUUACUCGAUAAUAAUUGUAUCAUUAGAGUACAUUACUGUAGCCUUUCUCGGGAAUCUUAAAAGUUACCUAUAUACACUUUAAAGCAAUUUUUGGUAAAUAUUAUUAUAUUUCUCUCGAAUCUAUAUUCCCUUAUGUAUGCAGCAAUAAAAAUUAAUUCAGUAGACGUAGUUAUCGCAUUGCGUGGUGUUAAAACGAAUCUGUGUCGUCACAUUAAUAUUUUAGUGGUAAGGGUUUUCGGGGGGGGUCUGUACUGGGUAGCGGGUUUGCGUGUUUAAUGCCAAGUGAUGCGGUAAGGUAGGGGUUCGCAGCGCACAAGGUGAGCUCUAGUGUUACCCUCCCUAUUGGAGGUGGGCGUAUUGCCUAUGUUACGGCACCGAGCACGGCUCGAUGGUUCCACGUGGAGUCGACUGAGAUGUGGCAUUGCACCGCGGCCCGGCGACAUCUCGACCGAUUGCGGCGAUGGCGACGAGUACACUCGACUUGUUCAUUCAUAACCAGACCACAGUUCUGUGGAGCACGGCGUAUUUUAUACGCGCGUAUGAGCGCUUCAAUCAGUAUUGGAAAAUGUUCAGUCGAAAAAACAUACGGCGAACCACUUUCCCUGCACAUUUAAAAUACGGCGUGUGCUCUGCCCUUUUAUUUACUCGCCCGCCGCCGUCUAGGGCACAAGUGGUCGAGAAGUUGCCGAGCUGCAACUAUUAUAUCGAGAGUUUGGUCUUGCGGGAUUCUUUUGCUGAGCGACCCGAAGCCGAGUUGCGUCUGAACUCUACGUUAAGUCAUAAGAAGUUUCUCUUUGGUCAAAACUUUAGAGUUCAGGAGUGCGUGGCGCCGGAGCGAGCUGCACUUUUUUUGCAGCUCGCGAAGUUGGUAAUUCGUAAGUCGUUCCGUGGGGGCGGAUUCUCGGGGAGUCUGGAGGUGGGGUUCAGCCAAUUUAAUUUAGUCAUGUGCGGCCUUCGUCCGUUAGGGCACAGUCAGCUGAUCACCGGCUUGCCUGACGAGUAGUGAUCGAUUUGUUUCGUCGACCGACGCCACCCGAGCGUCGGCUGCUACUUUACUUUUGGACUGAUCGACGUGUUAUGUAUCCUAGUAUUCUCUAACUUCACCCACCUAACCACCGACGUCAUUAUUUCUCCACCGUUCGAAACCAACAAACGAGGUUGUGAGCUCUAUUCCGGUCGGAAUCUUAAGCCACAAGUGUGCUUGUGCAAUAAAUAUCACAGUUUGGAUCUAGGCUUUUAAAUUAUUAUAGAUUAUAUACAUUGUUGAGCUGAUUAUAAAAAUUUAAUAUAUUAUUAUACCUUUUAAUAUUGUUAAAGAAUUCUAAUUGCAUUCCACAUCUAGAGUGAACGAAUUUGAGAUGACCAUUUUCAAUCUACAUUAUACAAGUUAUUUUUUUUACAAUCGUAGGAUUAUUAGCAGUUGCCAAUGUUUUUCCUUUAGUCAGUAAAAGUACAAAUAUUUUAAUAUUAUACAACUCUUGGUAUUUACGUAUCGUAGUCUAUUAUUUUUUAAUUCGUUUGAUUAUAUAACUUUUAAGCAUAAUUUUUUCCAAACAAGCGGCCAUUUAUUUACUCGAGAGUAGCAAAUCGUUCAGUAAAUUGCGAGACAUAUCAUACUGAAUCUUGUCGUCUCACACUACGCCAUAUUGUGUAGACUCUGUAGACUGUAGAUUGCAACCGUUCCCGAAUAUGUAUAACAAGAGAAUAGAGAUAAUGAUGCAGGAGGUCACAACGUCUCGUUCCGCGUACGGCCCGGUGCAGCGCAGCGGGCUAGUCUGGUGUCUCGCAUCUGACGUAAUGUGAGAAUGGUUAGUGUUUAUGCUACAGCUUUUUCCUCUCGGCUUAGUUUUACGUUAAAAUGGCUUUCGUUUUUUCAAAAUAGAUUUAAGUAUAUUACACUAGUUUUACAUUUUUUUAAGUUCUCGUCAUUUUACGUUGAUUGAACAAAUUACUGUACGCGUUCGAGUGAAAGAUGCAUGCGAAGUGCAAAUUUUAAUUUUUAAUCCAAAGAUUUCUUUUGUUCUUAUUAAUUUUAAAUAAUAAUUUUAAUUGAUUUACAAUUUCAAAAUGACAUUUGUGGAGUGUGCAUUGGUAUUUGAUAUUAGGAUUACGAGAUUUUGUCGUAGAGGUUGCAGCCGAGCAAAUGUCUAUUAUAUUCUCAUAAGAAUAUAUUGCUCAAUGAUUUUAUUCUGUUAAAGUAUUUUUAACUUAGAUGUAGUCCACGUGGGUUACGUAAUUAGUGGACUCCGGACACGAAAUUAUAUCUUACAGACAAUACCCUCCGUGAAGAUUUGAACAUUGUAACGUUGAUGUUUUAUUAGAUGUAGAGUUGUUUGCCUUGAGGGCGGCUUGCGACGAGGCAAGCUGUGCGGGGCGCCGCCCCCCGCCCGCCCGACCCGUCAGAUUUUAUUAUAUCUAUUGACUGUUAUCUGUAUACAAUUUUUAUUAUUUUUUAUAUUCAGUGAUCGAUCGUAGUGUUUCUUAUGGUAGAUAUCCUAAAUUUAUAUCUUAGUGACCUAUUUUACAUUCCAAAAUUGCUAAGUCAUAUUAUAUCUAUACAAAGAUCGUACCAAAAAUGAAAAUGUAUCCCACCAAUAUCUCAAGGUUACUACACGAAUCUAGUCGCGCCUAACACGAGGAACGCUUAGUAUUAUUUUAUAGUUAGUCCGUCGGACGGGAUCGGUCGGGCGGAGUCGGCCGAGUGAGUUAUGUUGCCCCACAGUCAACGAAAUUAUUGUUAUCCAUACAGGAGUCUCUGCUGCAUUGUGCCUAGAUCUUAGAAGUUAACGGUAUCGAGGUAGAUUUAAUCUCAAAUAUUUUGGCUCUUU